UGUGCAACAUUUUUCAGUUACUCAAAAAAUCCCCAUUUCCUCCCCACCCUUUUUCUUCCUCUUCUUCUCCAGAAAAUUUGCAGUGAUUCAUCGGAAAACUGGAUGAUGGAGAGUACCGACUCAUCGGCCAGUCCACAGCAGCCGAAUUUGCCACCCGGGUUCCGAUUUCACCCGACCGAUGAAGAGCUGGUCGUUCACUAUCUCAAAAAGAAAGCCAAUUCUUCCCCUUUGCCCGUCGCCAUCAUCGCCGAGGUCGAUCUCUACAAAUUCGAUCCCUGGGAGCUUCCUGCAAAGGCUACUUUUGGAGAACAGGAAUGGUACUUUUUCAGUCCAAGGGAAAGGAAGUACCCGAACGGAGCACGGCCGAAUCGAGCAGCAACAUCCGGCUAUUGGAAGGCGACAGGGACCGAUAAGCCGGUGUUGGCUUCCGGUGGAAGUAAUCAGAAAGUUGGGGUGAAGAAGGCGUUAGUAUUCUACGGGGGAAAGCCGCCUAAAGGAAUCAAAACCAAUUGGAUUAUGCAUGAAUAUAGAUUGGCUGACAAUAAGCCUAGCAUCAAUAAGCCUCCUGGCUAUGAUUUGGCCAACAAGAAAAACUCUUUGAAGCUUGAUGAUUGGGUAUUAUGCCGAAUUUACAAGAAGAACAACUCCCAUAGGCCAAUGGAUCAAGAAAGGGAAGAUUCAAUGGAAGAUAUGAUGGGAUCAAUACCACAAUCCUUGAAGCUAAAUGAAGAUCAAUAUCCAAAAUUGGGUAUUAAUUACACAACAUUGCUUGAAAAUGACCAAAAUUUGCUUCAAGGAAUAGUGGCUACCAAUAACAAUGACACUACCAAUUCAAUAAAGCGUCCUGCCUCUCUCUUUUGGACUGAAGAAGAAUAUCAUUCAGGCAUUUCUUCAAACAAGAGAUUGCAUUUUGAAAACACUACCGAUAAUAAUGGGGCUUCUACUUCUAUUACAAGAACUCAUAGUAAUGACAAUAAUCUCCAAAAUUCUACUUCCUCAUUCACUACUCUACUCACCAACCUCCCACAAACGCCGCCGCCGCCUUUGCACCACCACGCCAGCCACUCCGUCCUUGCCUCCAUUGGUGAUGGCCUUUUCCGUCCUCCUUACCAAAUCCCAGGAGCAAAUUGGUAUUCUUAGACAACUCAAUCCAAUUCAACCCGGCUAGUAUCGAUAAAUCAGGUAAUUGAUUUAGAUUUUUAGGAAUAUUAUUUGGAUAUAUAGGGUAUUGAGGUUUUAGUUUGGGAGUAGGUAAUUAGUGUUGGUAUAGAGACAUUUUCUUAGGUAAAGCCUUUAAAAAAAAAAAAAAAAAAUCUCUCUUUGAUGACCAUCUUCUUACCAAUUUCAAAAUUGAGGGCAUAAAUUAAUAUUUUCUACAUAAGUAUAUAGAUUUCAUACUCAUUUGAAAGGAGGCCAAUGUAUUCUCAUAAUUUUCUUUUCUUUUUUUUUUUCUUUUCUUUUUUGGGUUUGAAAUAGAACAGUGGUAAACCCCCUUUUGUACAGAGUAGUUAAUUAUAUGAUCUAUAUUUAUAUGCAUAAUGUAAAAUCUAAAUUAAAUUAAAUGUACUGCUUCUAUAGAACUUUAAUUUGAUGCAAUUUUAUAAUUUUAUUGUUC